AAUGUGAUCAUUUGGGAGACUCGUCCAGCAUGGUGUCUGGCACGCGGAAAAUUGGAGAUAAAUGUCAGCUAUGCGGAUGAUGGCGGAUAUCUGACCUCCAAAAACCUUGAAAACUGGGAUUUUUCAAAGUAGAAAAUUGCAGAGGCUGAGGGUCUCAGAAGCAUCAGGUCAUGGUGUCCCUGACUAGGAGAGGGUUGGGGUCCCAAGGGAUCUCUGGGCUUCAUGAGGACGGAUGCACUAACACCGGGGGCCUCAUCAGGACCUUCCCAGUAGGGUACCCUCCAGGUUCGAGCUCUCAGGCCCUACAAUGUGAUGAGACGAAACUUUUCUCCUUCUCCUCAGUGAUGCUAAGUGGAUUCCGGGAGCCAGUGAUUCUCAGACUGUUAGAUUCUGUGAAUUGUGGCAGAUAGAGAGGGACUGCCUGCAUUUUCUUCUGUGAAAUAACUUCCAUCCCCCGUCUGUGGGGAGAUGGGCUGCAGAGCUCCCCAUCCCUGGGCAGUAAGAGCAGUGUUGUCCAUAUCAAUUCUAUCUAAGGGGAAACUGAGGCAUGGAGCUCGGCAAAGCCUCUGGAAACCCAACCCUAUUUAGUUUCUUUCCCUGGUGUUUUCCAUCCCAUCAUGUUCACAGAGAGGUAGCUUUGCCUGCUUGGGACACCUCCGUGAUUUAUUUGAGUUUUUUUCCCUUGUUUUUUUUUUUUUCUAACCCUACAUACUUUUGUGUAAAAAACUGUGGUUUCUCAUGAGCUCUGUUAUCUCAUUGAUACCUCUCACCUCUGUGGCGAGGGGAAGAAAUCAUAUUUUCAGAUGACUCGUAAAGGGCAAAGAAAAAACCCAAAAUUUCAAAAUUUCCGUUUAAGUCUCAUAAUCAAGAAGAGGAGAAACAGAGCGAGCGAGAGAGAGAGAGUGCGCAAGAGAGAGAAAAAACUAUGAGAACCCCCCCCACCCCGUGAUUAUCAGCACACACACUCAUCGAAAAAAAAAUUUGGAUUAUUAGAAGAGAGAGAGAGAGGUCUGUGGCUUCCACACCGUGGUUUUUCUUCUCGGUAUAAAAGCAAAGUUGUUUUUGAUAUGUGACAGUUUCCCACCAGCCAGGCUGAUCCUUUUCUGUCGGUCCACUUCACCAAGCCUGCCCUUGGACAAGGACCCAAUGCCCAAUCCCAGGCCAGCCAAGCCCUCGGCCGCUUCCUUGGCACUUGGCCCAUCCCCGGGAGCCUCGCCCAGCUGGAGGGCUGCACCCAAGGCUUCAGACCUGCUUGGGGCCAAGGGCCCGGGGGCAAACUUCCAGAGCCGGGACCUCCGAGGCGGAGCCCAUGCCUCCUCCUCCUCCUCCUCUUUGAACCCCAUGCCACCAUCGCAGCUGCAGCUGCCCACAGUGCCCCUAGUCAUGGUGGCACCCUCUGGGGCACGGCUGGGCCCCUCGCCCCACUUGCAGGCACUCCUCCAGGACAGGCCGCACUUCAUGCACCAGCUGUCAAUGGUGGAUACCCACGCUCGGACCCCCGUGCUGCAGGUACGCCCACUGGACAGCCCAGCUAUGAUCAGCCUGCCGCCACCCACUGCUGCCACCAGCGUCUUCUCCCUCAAGGCCCGGCCCGGACUGCCACCUGGGAUCAACGUGGCCAGCCUGGAGUGGGUGUCCAGGGAGCCCGCGCUGCUCUGCACCUUCCCAAGCCCCAGCACACCCAGGAAAGACAGCACCCUUUCGACCGUGCCCCAGGGCUCCUACUCGCUGCUGGCAAAUGGGGUCUGCAAGUGGCCCGGAUGUGAGAAGGUCUUCGAGGAGCCAGAGGAUUUCCUCAAGCACUGCCAGGCGGACCAUCUCCUAGACGAGAAGGGCAGGGCACAGUGUCUCCUCCAGAGGGAGGUGGUGCAGUCUCUGGAACAGCAGCUAGUGCUGGAGAAGGAGAAGCUGGGCGCUAUGCAGGCCCACCUGGCUGGGAAGAUGGCCCUGACCAAAGCUCCAUCCACGGCGUCAUCCGACAAGGGCUCCUGCUGCACGCCUGUCGCCACUGGCCCAGCCUGGCCCAGCCCCCAAGAGGCCCCCGACGGCCUGUUUGCUGUGAGGAGGCAUCUCUGGGGCAGCCAUGGAAACAGCACGUUCCCAGAGUUCUUCCACAACAUGGACUACUUCAAGUUCCACAACAUGCGGCCCCCCUUCACCUACGCCACCCUCAUCCGCUGGGCCAUCCUGGAGGCUCCCGAGAAGCAGCGGACACUCAACGAGAUCUACCACUGGUUCACACGCAUGUUCGCCUUCUUCAGAAACCACCCCGCCACCUGGAAGAACGCCAUCCGCCACAACCUGAGCCUGCACAAGUGCUUCGUGCGGGUGGAGAGCGAGAAAGGGGCCGUGUGGACCGUGGAUGAAUUCGAGUUCCGCAAGAAGAGGAGUCAGAGGCCCAGCAGGAGUGCCAACCCCACACCCGGCCCCUAACCUCAAAACCACGGAAAGGAGGAAGGAAGGACAGGAGUCGAAAUGGGGGGGUGGAAGUGGCCGGGGGCAGGAGUGACGGGCCCUGUACUUGCCCACAGGGACCAGGCAGUGAGAUGUGCACAGUCUCGCCUGCCAGGGACCCUGCUCCU